GCGCUGCACGCUCAGCAGCUUCCUGCUUCCCGUGUGUCACACUGAUCUCAGUCCGUGUCAGAACAACAACACACGUGAGAGGAGCAGCAGAGAGAUGUUCUCCUCUCUGAGAGACAAAGUGGGACAGGUGCUGCUGCCGGGGGACGAGUUCUCCUUCCACACCGAGGACACCAUCUCUCUGUCGGGACCCGUGAAGUCCGAGAGGGUGGUCUGUGGUCCGGGUCUGAGGCGGAGCGGGGACCGGCUGCUGGUCUGUAAGAGCGGCGUCCUGAGACACAAGGCGCCCAACAUGUUCUGGAUGGACUCCCAGCAGAGGAGGUACGUCCCCGUUAAAGGAGAGACCGUCAUCGGCAUCGUGACGGUCAAAUCAGGAGACGUCUUCAAGGUGGACUUUGGAGGAAGUGAGCAGGCGUCCCUGUCCUACCUGGCCUUUGAGGGGUCCACCAAGAGGAACCGCCCCAACGUACAGGUAGGGGACCUGGUCUUUGCUCAAUUCGUGGUAGCCAAUAAGGACAUGGAGCCGGAGCUGGUCUGUGUGGACAGCGGGGGACGAGCCAACGGGAUGGGAGUGUUCGGAGCAGGAGGUCUGCUCUUCAGCGUCUCUCUGGGACUCGUCAGAAGGCUGCUGGCCCCCCACAGCGGCGUCCUGCAGGACCUGCAGCAGCUGUUCCCCUGUGAGCUGGUGGUUGGGAUGAACGGCCGUCUCUGGGUCCGGUGUUCCAGUCUUCAGCGGACCCUCGUCAUCGCCAACCUGCUGCAGAGCUGCGACACCAUGACCGCCCCCCAGAGACAGCAGCUGUUCAAGAGGGUGGCACAGGGGGCGCUGUAGACCACAUCAAACCCUGCUGGACUACAAACCUCACCUGCAGCUCACCUGGUCUGUGUUCAGGAGGAGGCAGGUGAGCUCAGGUCUUCGGAGGUCCGCCUGCUCACAGAGACGUUAGAGAUCUUUGAGGUGACGCCGGAUCACUUCCUGUUCAGAGACCCGGUCUCACUCAGGUGUGUGUUCACCUGAGAUCCAGCUGUGGUUCAGGAUCUGGUUCUGUACCGUGUUUUAUAUCCUGACCUGAUAAAUGAGUUCUUUAUUAAAUCAAA